AUGUCCUCACCUGUCAAGCUAUACGUGUAUGAUCUCAGCAAUGGACUGGCUAAACAGAUGUCUAUGCAGCUGACAGGUCGUCAGAUAGACGGCGUUUGGCAUACAUCAAUCGUAGUCUAUGGAAAAGAAAUCUUCUAUGGACAAGGAAUCAGCAUCGUGCAACCUGGGCAAUCACACCAUGGGGCACCACUUCAGAUUGUUGAUAUGGGAGAGACGGCUUUAGAUGAGGAAACGUUUACUGAAUACCUCACGGAAAUGCGAGAACAUUAUACGGCAGACAAAUACCAUCUCUUAGAUUUCAACUGCAAUUCGUUUACUAACGAUUGCAUUGGGUUUUUGACCGGUGGAUCUAUUCCCAGCUUCAUUAAAGACCUUCCCGCCGAUUUUCUUUCUACCCCAUUCGGCGCUGCUCUUCGUCCAACCAUAGAUGCCAUGUUUCGCGGUCAAGCUGGUCCCGCACGCCCACAAGCGGCACCAGCGCCAUCAUCUUCAACCAUGCCUGAUCCUGCACUGACUGCGUCGCUCCUACAAGCCGUCGCCGCUCGCGCAGCAUCAGGUUCAUCUUCCUCUGGCUACCUCCCGACUCCAGCGCCCACAUCUCCCUCGACACCGUCUCAGGCUGGCACUGCAAGCUUGACUGCUCCGAUUCAUGUGUCUACCAACCCAGCGUCUUUCAACGCUCUUCUUCGCAGUCAUCGCGCUGUCAUUGCGUUCUUUACUAGUGCAACAUGUGGACCGUGUCGCAUGAUUGAGCCUGUUUUUGAAGAGCUUGCGAAUGCGAAGAGUAAGAGUAAUGGUGUUGCAUUCACUAAGAUCGAUCUUAGUGUAGGAAUGGGCGGGUCGGUGGCUUCGGAGUGGGGAGUUCGCGUCACUCCGACGUUCAUUUUCUUUUUGGACGGUAAAAAGUCGCACGAACUUAAAGGCGUCAAUGGACCUGAACUGCGCACUCAGGUCGACCUACUUAUAUUCCAAGCUUUCCCGCCACACCCACACACUUCCCUAUCUUUACCUACCAUACAAGCCUUAUCGCUCAACCCCAUCUUGUUUACUCAAGUUCCAGCUCUCGAAUCUGUCUCCACCAAGCUGCAAGGAUUUAUUGAUGCUGCACCAACAUGGAGCAGCCCGCUACCCAAGGCCGAGGUGAAGCAAGUUCUGACGCAACUUGUGUUACCUUACUUGAAAGCCAAACAUGUUUCAAAGCCGCCCCUGCCUAAUGUGAAAGCCCCGCUGGACCGUUGGGCACAAGUCACAUUGUGUUUGUCGUCGUCAUUGGCUGUCAACGAUCUGUUCCCUCUGGUAGACAUGUGGCGGCUGGCACUACUGGAUCCUGGCGCAUCUACUUGGUGUGCUUCUAACAGGAGCCAGAGCAAUCCUACGAGUAUAUUUCUCACAAAGGCAAACGAUCUCCUGGAAAAUUCAACUCCAGCCGUUAAUCCAAGGAACUUUUUGCUCACGGUGUUGCGCAUGUUUUGUAAUGCUUUCUCGAGCGAGGUUUUGGCUCGGGAGUUACUCUCGAGUAACAAAACCAACAUCGCAACGCUUCUUGUCAAUACACUCUUGCAUAGUGACGCUACUGUGCGUACAGCUGCUGCAAGCUUGGCAUUCAACUGUGCUGGCUAUCUGCAAAAGCUGAGGGUGAAGAAAGUGAGAGGUGAAGAGGUUGGUGGAGAUCAAGUAGAGGAUGGUGACUGGGAGGUUGAGUUGACUAGUGCUAUUAUAGAAGCCAUUGAUAGAGAGGAAGGCAGUGAGGAAGUUGUGCACCGUUUAUCUGCCUCCAUAGCUUUUCUUUUGCGACUGUCACCUUUCUAUGAGACGCAGAUGGCGCCGCUUCUUGAAGUUCUGCAAGCCAGAACUGUGCUCAAGAAUAAACUGGAGAAGGGCGGAUGUGGACCAGGCGGGGUGACCAAACAGGACAUCCGGAAGCUCGUGUUGGAGGUGGCUGAGAAGUUAUGCCCAUAGAAGAGAUAUAUCGUAAUAAUUGGAGGACAUGUGUACAGACAUCUGGGACUGAAGUUGGUAGCUAAGAAUACUGUUCUAAAUGUAUCUGGCUUGAAGGGACAGACGGAGCUCAGGCAGUCCGCCACGUUGCCUGGCUAUAAGUAAAAUCACGAGUAAUGUUACAGUGUUGCC